GGCAACGUAUUUCCUAGUCUCCAACCCCCGCAAGUGAGACGUCCUCCAGGAAGACCCCGACAAAAGCGUAUUGAGUCACAAUUUAGCCAUAAGAGAGCUAUUCAUUGCUCUCGAUGCAAUGGCAUAGGUCACAAUCGGUCUAAAUGUAAUAAUCCAUUGCCGUGACAUGUUCAUUUCUUUGCUUGUAAGGUUUUCAUUUUGUGUACGAUCCCUCAUUGUUCCAUUAUUUGCUUUAUGGUCAUAGGGUUGUCGCUUUUGGAUGUUAUGUAUUGUCCUUAUUAUAGACACGAUGCACUAGCUUUUGAUUUUAUUUUUUAUAAGACUACUUUUUUAUUUUCAUGAUUUGGAGUUGCUUUCGUUACUGAUUUAAUUUGAAAUUGCACUUUCAAUGUGGUAUCCUUUAACUUGAUGUAUACUUUCACUUCCCUAUUUUAAGUAUGUCCUACUCACAUCAUUGGAUGCGUGCAUUUUUCUUAUCACUUAGCUGAACUUUCAUAGUAUUGUACUAUACUUGCUGUCUAGUUAUUCAGUUGGUCAGUUUAUCUGUGCAUUACAUUCUACUUUUCUAUGCCCAAUGAUGCAGUUAUAAUAUUAACAAUGGCUGGUAAUGGCUUAGAUGGUUCUGCUGCCAGUUCACUCCCACUCUCGGGCACAUCAAUGUUUACACGAUGCUCAGCUGCAAGAUUUAAGAAACUGUGCAACCGAUUACCAGAGGCAAAAAUUCAAGCCAUAAGAGACCUCCAAUUUGGAGGUCUCUUAAACUUAAACUGCACAGAGGUGCGCCACAACCUCUGUAUCUUUCUAAUCCAACAUUUCAAUGUUGGAUUUAGACGGAUAGAGUUCUCAGCCCAGAAACACUAUCCUGUUACAGCCACCGAUGUUGGCCUCAUUUUAGGCCUCCCAACAGAAGGACGGAACUUGCAGGUGACCUCCACAUCAUCAGAUCAUCCAUUUGGGACUAUUCGGGCAUGCGAGGAGAAACUCCUAGACUUACCUGUAGGCGAGGAGUUCCGUAGAGCAUUCAUUUACUACGCAUGUGCCACAUUGUUGGCCCCCACGUCUAGGCUCAAUGGUUGCCGUAACUUGUGGCAUACCAUCCAUGAGGAUGGAUUCCGAAAUGAUGUUAAUUGGGCCCAGUUUGUGCUUGACCAACUGGUUGAGGGAAUUAGGCGAUUCCAACAAUCUAAGACCUCUUGGGUACAUGGCUGCGUUUUAUUUCUUCAGCUGCAUUAUGUCAUUAAAUUCCAAAUUCCUUCAGUCCAAGUCCCCAUUACAGUGCCCCCAGCAUUGGCAUGGACUGAUGAUUUGAUUAAGCGACGACUAGUCGCUGAGAUAAAGGAGUUUGGAGCAUUCGGACAUGCUGAGAUUGAUUUUGUAAGUUAUGCAUGCAUAAAUAUAUUGUCAUUACUAGCAUAA